AUGCAACGCCAGCUUCGCCGCGAAGACUACACCGUAGGAUGGGUGUGCACGCUGCCUGUCGAGCUGGCAGCGGUCAAGACGAUGCUCGACGAAAAACACACAGACGCCAGUCGUGAUGUUGGUGAUGACGACGAGAACGUAUAUACCAUGGGGUCGAUUACAGGCUACAAUGUUGUAAUUAACAUUGCCGCCAAUCAUCAUUUCCUAAUCAUGCUUCCCAUAAGCGCCCAAAGAUCGCUAUCUUCAAGGACACAGAGAAUGGCUCUGCAAAACAAUGAACUGUUCCCCAGGCAGAGUCUAUUAGAGUCUCUGAGGUUUGACCAGAUUGAUGCACGUCAGAUGACCAUUAAGACUGCACACGCCAAGACAUGUAGGUGGCUCUUACAAAGUGAGAAGUACCUCAACUGGCUCGAUACGACCAAGCUAGAUAAACACCAUGGCUUCUUAUGGAUUAAGGGCAAGGCCGGGACGGGCAAGUCGACAUUAAUGAAGUAUGCACUAGUCAAUGCUCGCAAAGCAAUGGAGAACCACAUCAUACUCUCCUUCUUCUUCAACGCGCGCGGCGAGGACAUAGAGAAGUCUACAAUUGGGGCAUACCGUUCGCUAUUACUGCAGCUCCUAGAGAAUCUUCCAGCACUCUGGAACGUCUUUAAUUCGCCCAGCUUCUUAAAGGUCACCAAAGAUCACCAGUGGAAUAUCGAGACGCUGAAGACACUGCUGGAGCAAGCAAUACAGAGCUUAGGAGACUCUUCUGUCGUAUGCUUUAUCGAUGCGCUUAACGAGUGUGAAGAAGAGCAGGUUCGGGACAUGGUCCAGUUCUUCGAGCACAUCGGCGACCUAGUCGUAUCACACGGCAUCUACUUCCAAGUAUGCUUCUCAAGUAGGCAUUACCCAUAUAUCACAAUCCGGAACGGGCUAGAGCUAGUGCUAGAAGGUCAUGAAGGACACUCGCAAGACAUCACCAACUACGUUGAGACUGAGUUAAAGAUUGGAAAGAGCAAGACUGCACAGCAGAUCCGAACUGAGCUUCAGGAGAAAUCGUCAGGGAUCUUUAUAUGGGUUGUUCUUGUUGUGGGUAUCUUAAACAAAGAAUUCAAUCGUGGGCAAGUACAUCUACUUCGAGAGAAAUUAAACGCAAUCCCGGGGGACCUGCAUAAACUAUUUAGCGACAUCCUAACGCGAGACUCGCGCAAUAAGGAUAUGCUAGUGCUAUGCAUCCAGUGGGUGCUCUUCGCGAAGCAGCCGCUUAGUCCAGAACAGCUUUAUCACGCUCUUCUCCUGAACAUCAACUCUAACGCUAUCUCCAAAUUAGACCCUGAGGAGACUACGAAGCACGACAUGAAGAGGUUCCUCCUCGACUUUUCUAAAGGCCUCGCUGAAGCCACCGUUUCUAAAGAGCCGCGGGUUCAAUUCAUCCACGAGUCAGUAAGGGAUUUUCUGCUUAAAGAGAACGGCCUUAGCAAGAUCUGGCCCAAGUUCAGAAGCAAUUUCCAGAACUAA